UAUAAUGUCAGUCCAGUCAGUGGCUGAAUGACAUUUACAAAAUAAAAUAUUUUUACAUGUUUUUUUGUAAAUAUUUCCUUAAUUUCCCAUCAGUGUUGCUUUUAAAAUGUCCCAGAAACUCCAGGAACUCAAGUACGAGUCAUACGAUGAGUGCUCUCGCCUGUAUGCUGUGCCGAAUCUGAAGAAACAGAAAAUAACAACGCUCUGUAAAUCUGCCAUUAAGUUGUACGAUGAAGCUGAAAAGCAGUAUGAGAUGCGCGAUGAAGAGCAAAGUUUCAUUCUCUACAUGAAGUACUUCAAUGUUGUAAAUGUGAUUCGGGAAAAUCCAGAAUUCAGUGGACACAAGAACUACGUGAUGGCACUUCUAGGAAGUCAUAAUAAGCAAAAUAAGGCAAUGGAAAGAACUGAAGAGUUGUCAAAGAGUUUACGGAAGCGCUAUGAAUUGCUAAAGAGGAGCAAAGAGUCCGAGAUCGAAGAGCAUGUACCUGAUGAUGAAAUGCCCGAAGUGCCUGAGAAGGUAACUUCCUUGACGAGUUACGAACUCUUUGAGAUGAUUAAGGCCGGAGGUAAAGGGCUCCUAGUGCUUGAUUGUCGUCCAAAGAGGGAUUUUAUUGCAUCGAAGCUUCUCUUUGAGCAGUGCCUAAACAUUCCGGAAGAUGCCAUUCUACCCGGUAUGACUGCAGGAAAGAUGUACCAUGCACUCAGUCCUGCCGAAAGGAUACUGUGGGAUUCACGUGGUGAAAUGGAGUGCAUUGUUCUGAUAGACUGGAGUACACGAGGGAAGAAUCCAAUAAGAAAUACACCACUGUGGUACUUGAAGGAUAUCCUGGAAAAUUGGGAUCCUGAUGUAAAUUACAAGGUGCUUGUGAUACUUGACGGUGGAUAUGAAGACUAUUUGUUGCGGUAUCCAAUGCAAACCACCAAUCCUCGAGCACAGCCUCCGGUGACAAUUAAAGAAGAUGAAGGUCUCCUUGAGGAAAUUGAAUAUCCCACAAUUGGAGACAUUGUGAUGAAGAAGGAUACUUUUGGCGGAGAAGGCCGUCCCAAUGUUGAUCGGGGCUCAAAAGCAGCUGCUGUUGUGACGUACGAGCAGAAGGAAAAGAUGAUGCAGGAUAUUCUGCAGCAACAGGAAAAGAUUGCGGAGAAAGUGCUGACGGUGGAAAAGGAACGUCUCAAUGCAGAGAAAGUAUGGGAUGAAUUGAAUGAGAUAAAGAAACAAAAGGUUGUUGCUGAUGAAGAAAAUAUAGCCCAGCAGACACGUGAACAGGAGCUCAUCUACAGCAUUAUGCAAUUUGAAAAUCAACAGCGUGACUAUAUGGCAGAGAAUGAGCGUCUCAAGCGACAACUAGGUGAAAUGGAGGCUGCCCUGGAGGAAGCCACAGUAGCGCGUAUUCAGAAUAAGGAUAGGGAAAGGAAACGACUGCAGGAAGAACGGGAACAAAUGGAGGCAGAGAGGGAGAAAAAGUUGAAGGUGGCACGAGAGCAGAAGAAACUUCUGCGGGAAGAUAAAGAAAAUCACCAACAUGUAGUGGUACCACCUAUUAAUCGCAGUGCCAAGCCACAGAGUAUUAUAUUCCCACAGCGUGGCAUGUAUGAUCUUGCUGCUGUGCCGGGUAGUGUCGACCCUGGACUCACGGGACUGAAGAAUCUCGGGAAUUCUUGCUACAUGAACAGCAUUGUUCAGUGUCUCAGCAAUUCCCCCAGCUUGACGGAAUACAUAAUUCAGGGUGGCUAUAAGAAGCACAUCAAUAGCACCGGGAAGACUCAAGGAAGAAUUAUUGAGGAACUUGCCAUUGUUGUGGAUGCCCUCUGGGCUAGAAGAUAUCGAUACAUCUCACCGCUCAGUCUGAAAUUCACCAUUGGUGCCAUUCAUGGGGUUUUUCGUGAGUUUGAGCAACAAGAUGCCCAUGAAUUUCUAACAAUCUUCAUUGAUAUGCUUCAUGUGGAUCUCCAGACAAUCGACACACGCGCGCAUAUUCGCGAAAAUCUCUCCAUGAGCGAAAAGGCCUGGUCGGACUUUACACAAUCCCGUGAAAGUGCCAUUCUUCGGCUCUUCUAUGGGCAAAUUAAGAGUACCGUCAAGUGCAAGGUGUGCGGCGCAGAAAGUGCCACAUAUGAGAGCUUCUCCAAUCUCUCCUUGGAACUCCCGGCCACAAAUACACGGUGCUCCAUUGAAGAUUGUUUCGAUAUGUACUUCAAUGGUGAAAAUAUAUCCGGGUGGAAUUGUCCGGGAUGUCGUCAGAGUCGAAAUGCAGUGAAGAAGCUCGAUAUUUCCAAACUACCACCCAUUCUUGUAAUUCAUCUGAAGCGCUUCUACGCCGACGAUAGCAUGAGUACCUCUCAGUAUCGCAAGAAGCAAAACUACGUGCGUUUUCCACUAAAAGAUCUCGAUUUAAGUCCAUAUAUUGCGCGCAGUGGGAAGAAUUCCCCCAAAACAUAUCACCUGUAUGCCGUAUCAAAUCACUACGGCACAAUGGAUAGUGGUCACUACACAGCAUUUUGCAGAAAUUCCCAUUUGGGACGAUGGUAUAAAUUUGACGAUCAACAGGUCAGCUCCAUGGAUGCGGGGGAUGUACAGUCAUCAGCUGCCUACAUUCUCUUCUAUACCUUCCUUAUGGAUGUUUAACAAAAAAUCUUUGGAAUGAAUGAGACUUCUCAGACAUCCUCUCUAGUUAAAAAGAAAUUAGCUUUGACCGUGAAACGGCUGGAAAGAAUUUUAUGAAUAUUGUAUGUGUACAUAUAAAAAAAACUUAUGCUGAUCGAAAAUAUAAAUUAUACAAAAAAAA